AUGAACUCCAUGGGAGGAAGCAUGGAAGAAGACUGCCAGGGACAGUCUCUUGGUGUAUCCUCCGUAUCAGAGCCCACUGCCGUGCCUCUGAUUCCAGCUUCCAAUCAAGAGUCUCACAGCUUCAAACGAUGGAUAAGGAGCAUGCGGAAGAGGAGGACUCCAAACUACGAUGCUCCUCCACGCUAUGUUGUGGGGUGGCCGGACGAUGAGAGUAAAGACGAGAGUUAUAGGAUGUUCCCAACGCUUUACCAAAGCCAGCCAGAUCGUUCGUCCACUGCAUCCUCGUCAAAUCUCCACACCGUCAAAACCGCCAGUGUUGGAAGCCUAAGCAUGCUGACCCGGCCGCGGACGAAUACCCAAACAAGCACCCAACGAAGCGCGUGCCACAGCAGUGCUUUUUCUGGGUCGGAUGCAAGGGUAUCCAUGGAGAGCAGCAGGCUGACAUCCACGCUGUCCCUAGAUGAAGGUGCAUGGAACCGUGCUGUCCAAAGACGGCAGGUAAUACGGGAGAUAUUGGAGACAGAGAUCACCUAUCUUGCGGGGCUAAAGGCGCUGGUAGAAGUUCUGAACACCCUAGGAAUCACCGAAACAGCACUGCAGCGGAGCACGCUCGAUCUGAUCAGCUUACACGAGGAUCUUAUGGCUAAGUUGGAGGGCACGAUGCCUAGGCCAGACAGGGUCAUAACCCCGAUAUGGAUGACUGCGCGACGUCAUAUUAAGUUUGGCAACAUGGAUGCUGGCCUGGCGAGAGCAAAUCGAAAAUCAGUGACGACGAGAAAGCUGCGUGAACCUAUCGAUUCCCGGAUUGAAUCCUCCAAAUCGGUGGCAGCAGAACCAAAUGAGGCUGCUGCGGUCGCUAAGUUAAUGCAGUCAAUGCUUCCGAAAUUUAAAGUUUACGAGGACUACGGCGUUAAAUACCAACUCCCGAUCCAACGGGUUUGCAAAUAUCAGCUAUUCCUUGCUGAGCUCCUCAAAAACACGCCUGUUGCCGAUUGCCCUUCCUCACACUCUAUAAUUGAAGUAGCCUUACAACAGACGCUGUCAGUAUCACGGGACAUAAAUCGUGCUACUGGGGACCCGGUAGCUAAGGAUCGGAUUCGGAAAACUAUGCUCCUAGGCGAGAAGCUCGAAUUUGCGAGGAAGGGUGAUCGUAGUGUUCUCCACGAUUUUGGACCUAUCAAAGUGUGUGGAGCUCUUCAUGUUACAUAUCAAACCAAAGACAGCGUAACCGGCGAAUACAUGUUGUGUUGCCUAUUUAGCAAGUAUUUGCUGCUCGCAGCCCCAUGCGAAGACAAUCGAAAAUUCAAUGCCGUUGCAGUAAUUCUCGUUCAGGGAGCUAGUGUAGAGCCUGCGGAUAAUGGCAUAGGCCUCCACUGUUUAUAUGCCCCUUUCUCCUGGAAAUUGGUCUUCGAGAUCCGGAAGCAAACUUUUGAAAUACUAUUGACCGGAUGUUCUGAAAGAGAAGCCUCUAGCUGGAAAGAUCACCUUCUGAGACAGUCGCUAGCUGAGAUUCCCAAUUCUUUGGAUGAAAAUAUUAUUACGCAGAAAUACUCCACAACCCAACUGGCUAUGAAGCCAAUUGGCGCAAUUGUUUUUGCUGGACAAGUCCAUGACCUUACCCGUCGCUCAUCAAUCCACGGAUCUCUGUUUACUACGCCUUCGCACACAGAUUGUGUCCGUCUUCUCAUUAAAGGAACCCAAGCUGUACCCCAUGAGAACUAUAUCAGGCCAUCCACUCUGGGAAGAUCCCAAUCCCUCCAAUUAGCCCGUCAGUCUAUUGUUCUUUGCCCCAAGAGGCAGGACAGGAUUCGCAUGGAAAAAGCGCUCUAUGAUGUUUGGACGUGUGAUGUUCUUCCAUACCCUGGUAUGCCAGCUUGGAGGGGAGAACACCUGAUACGCUCAUCGGCAGAAUCAUUUAUUAGACGGCUGAGUUCGAGGCGGCCAUUCACCAGGAGAUCCAGCAGCCUCACGACGACGAUCACAGCUAAGUCUAUUGAUCGUACCGCCACGUAUAAGGAAGUGAACUCCAUCGACGACUACAUAGGACCUAUUGAAACCUUUUCAUCCUGGACGAAUUCUAUCAAGACCCAGGAGAUUGUUCAUGAGGAAGCAAAGGAUGAUUUCGACCGCCGCCAUUUGAAUGCAGUGUCACUCAAUAACAUCGCCUGCAUUGGAAGCCGGGGUGGAGCCGAUGACGUCGUUGACUGGAUGGAUGACAGUGACAUCACUAAGAUGUUCGCAGAAACCUUGCUUUCAAAAUGA